AUGAAUGCAGCUGUCUGUGCAAAGAAGGAUGUUUUCGACCUGCUUGUGUCAAAGGGAGCUGAUCUCACAUUCACAGAUGAAAACAAUAAUACUGUAUUUCAUCUUGCAUGUAAAGGUGGAAAUAGGUCCAUUGUAGAACAUCUACUGCCAUUGUUUGACAUUGAUUGUCGGGGACAAAAUGUCUGGACAGCAGUGAUGAAUGCAGCUGUCUGUGCAAAGAAGGAUGUUUUCGACCUGCUUGUGUCAAAGGGAGCUGAUCUCACAUUCACAGAUGAAAACAAUGACACUGUAUUUCAUCUUGCAUGUCAAGGUGGAAAUAGGUCCAUUGUAGAACAUCUACUGCCAUUGUUUGACAUUUAUUGUCGGGGACAAAAUGGCUGGACAGCAGUGAUGAAUGCAGCUUUCUGUGCAAAGAAGGAUGUUUUCGACCUGCUUGUGUCAAAGGGAGCUGAUCUCACAUUCACAGAUGAAAAGAAUAACACUGUAUUUCAUCUCGCAUGUCAAGGUGGAAAUAGGUCCAUUGUAGAACAUCUACUGCCCUUAUUUGACAUUGAUUGUCGGGGACAAAAUGGCUGGACAGCAGUGAUGAAUGCAGCUCUCUGUGCAAAGAAGGAUGUUUUCGACCUGCUUGUGUCAAAGGGAGCUGAUCUCACGUUCACAGCUGAAAACAAUAAUACUGUAUUUCAUCUGGCAUGUAAAGGUGGAAAUAGGUCCAUAGUAGAACAUCUACUGCCAUUGUUUGACAUUGAUUGUCGGGGACAAAAUGUCUGGACAGCAGUGAUGAAUGCAGCUUUCUGUGCAAAGAAGGAUGUUUUCGACCUGCUUGUGUCAAAGGGAGCUGAUCUCACAUUCACAGAUGAAAACAAUGACACUGUAUUUCAUCUUGCAUGUCAAGGUGGAAAUAGGUCCAUUGUAGAACAUCUACUGCCAUUGUUUGACAUUGAUUGUCGGGGACAAAAUGUCUGGACAGCAGUGAUGAAUGCAGCUUUCUGUGCAAAGAAGGAUGUUUUCGACCUGCUUGUGUCAAAGGGAGCUGAUCUCACAUUCACAGAUGAAAAGAAUAACACUGUAUUUCAUCUCGCAUGUCAAGGUGGAAAUAGGUCCAUUGUAGAACAUCUACUGCCCUUAUUUGACAUUGAUUGUCGGGGACAAAAUGGCUGGACAGCAGUGAUGAAUGCAGCUUUCUGUGCAAAGAAGGAUGUUUUCGACCUGCUUGUGUCAAAGGGAGCUGAUCUCACGUUCACAGCUGAAAACAAUAAUACUGUAUUUCAUCUGGCAUGUAAAGGUGGAAAUAGGUCCAUAGUAGAACAUCUACUGCCAUUGUUUGACAUUGAUUGUCGGGGACAAAAUGUCUGGAAAGCAGUGAUGAAUGCAGCUGUCUGUGCUCAGAAGGAUGUUUUCGACCUGUUGGUGUCAAAGGGAGCUGAUCUCAGAGUGACAAGUGACAACAAUGACACUGUAUUUCAUCUUGCAUGUCAAGGUGGAAAAAGGUCCAUUGUAGAACAUCUACUGCCAUUGUUUGACAUAGAUUGUCGGGGACAAUAUAGCUUUACAGCACUGAUGAAUGCAGCUUUCUGUGCAAAGAAGGAUGUUUUCGACCUGCUUGUGUCAAAAGGAGCUGAUCUCACACUGACAGAUAACUACAAUAACACUGUACUUCAUCUGGCGUGUGAAGGUGGAAACAGGUUCAUUGUAGAACAUCUACUGCCCUUAUUUGACAUAGAUUGUCGGGGAAUAAAUGGCUGGACAGCAUUAAUGAUUGCAGCGGUCAAUGCACAGAAGGAUAUCUUCGACCUGUUGGUGUCAAAGGGGGCUGAUCUGACACUGAAAGAUGACUACAAUGACACUGUACUUCAUCUUGCAUGUAAAAGUGGAUAUAGGUCCAUUGUCGAAUAUCUACUGCCCUUAUUUGACAUUGAUAGACGGGGUCCGCGUGGCAGGACAGCAGUGAUGAUUGCAGCUGACUGUGCUCAGAGGGAUGUGUUCGACCUGCUAGUGUCACAGGGAGCUGAUCUCACAUUCACAGAUAAACAAAAUAACAUGGUAUUUCAUCUUGCAUGUAAAGGUGGAAAUAGGUCCAUUGUCGAAUAUCUACUGCCCUUAUUUGACAUUGAUAGACGGGGUCCACGUGGCAGGACAACAGUGAUGAUUGCAGCUUACUGUGCUCAGAGGGAUGUGUUCGACCUGCUUGUGUCAAAGGGAGCUGAUCUCACAUUGACAGAUAAAAACAAUAACACUGUAUUUCAUCUUGCAUGUAAAGGUGGAAACAGGUACAUUGUGGAACACCUACUGCCAUUAUUUGACAUUGAUAGUCGGGGACAAGAUGGCUGGACAGCAGUGAUGAAUGCAGCUUUCUGUGGAAAGAAGGAUGUUUUCGACCUGCUUGUGUCAGAGGGAGCUGAUCUGGCACUGAAAGAUGACCGCAAUAACACUGUAUUUCAUCUUGCAUGUCAAGGUGUAAGUUGGUCCAUUGUAGAACAUAUGUUGCCCUUAUUUGACAUUGAUAGUUGA